CUACGGUAGAGAGGUGGCCUCUAUCAGCUGUCGGGAUUAUAUCAAGAUAUUGAGCUUACAGGAAUGGUGUCGCUUACCAGCUGUUUUAUGAAAUGCUACUUUACCCCCCCUCCUUAAAGGCAACAAAAAUCGACUGGAAUGCCUCAUAGGGGAAAGUCACAGCCAUCCUCAAUGCUUAGUGAUCUGAUACGUGUUAAAAGGGAGAAAUGGAGUUGGGAAUUGAGUGAAAAUUGAUUUCUGUAAUCUUGUUGGUCCGUGAAGGGUUUAUCACAGUAAGAGGAGCCUGGCUAGGAGACCAUGACCAUGGAAUAUGCCAAAAGGUCUCUUUCUCUGCUGACCCCGACCUCUCUAUCCAGAUGCGUGUCUGCCAGUGUGGCCGCCAGCGCCUCCAUGACCCAGCAGUUGCUGACGGGCUCGACUCCGUGCCAGAGGCCAUUUCGAGUGGCCAACGCCGACCGCACCGUCAAGAAGGGCAUCAUGGCAGACAGUCUGCGCGACUUGCUGGACAAGGUGAUGGAUGGACUGCAUGUGUCCUGCGUGAGCGCUUUGGUGCUUGAUGAAGAUGGCACAGGGGUGGACACAGAGGACUUCUUUCAGACGCUGAGGGACAACACUGUCCUUGUAGUCUUGGAGAAAGGACAGAAAUGGACUCCUUCAGACCAGGCCACUUUAGUCAAGGCUCAGCAUGUGAGCCGAAGCCCUGGCUGCAGAAAAGAUGUGGCCAAGUUGACCUUUGACCUGUACAAGAACCACCCUAAGGAAUUCAUUGGCUGCCUGAAUGUGAAGGCAACGCUGUACGGAGUUUACACUUUGUCUUACAACCUUCGCUGCUAUGAGGCUAAGAGGAUACUGAAGGAGGCCUUGCGAUGGACCUUGUUUACAAUGCAAACCACUGGCCAUGCCCUGCUGGGCACCUCCUACUACAUGCAGGCCCUUCUGGACGAGGAGGAGGAUCAGGAACAGCAGGUGCUGGCACAACUGAAGGCACCGAAGAAAUGCCACGUGCCUGGCUAUCUCUGGGGGUAGAGCUAGCUGUGUUUAAGCAAGGCACUCGCUCCCCUGGCGAGCAAACACUUGAAAGGGCUUAUGAGGAACAGGGAAGUGGGGUGGGAGUGGGAGAGAGGGGUGGGUUGGAGAUUGGUACGUGGCACAAUAAGAUGAUCUCGGCCCCCCCCACCCCCCCCCCCCACCCACCCCCCA